AUGAGGUGGUGGCAACACAGGGGCGUUUGGAUGAUUAUGACGAUAACCACCAUUUCUUUUGUUCAAGCUGAAGAUCCCAAACGUUUUUUUGACUGGAGAGUCACUUACGGCAAGAUUUCUCCACUUGGUCAUUCUCAAAGGGUAAUCCUAAUAAACGGUCAAUUUCCUGGACCGGAGAUUCACUCUGUCACUAAUGACAAUUUGAUCAUCAAUGUACACAAUGAUCUCGACGAGCCCUUUCUUUUGUCUUGGAACGGUGUGCAACAAAGGAAGAAUUCUUACCAAGAUGGAGUGUAUGGGACGACUUGUCCAAUCCCACCUGGCAGGAAUUACACUUAUGCUCUCCAUGUCAAAAACCAGAUAGGUAGUUUCUUCUACUUCCCUUCCCUCGCCGUUCAAAAAGCCGCUGGUGGUUUUGGCGCCCUCCGAAUCUUCAGCCGCCCUCAUAUUCCCGUCCCUUUCCCUCAACCUGCCGGAGACUUCACCUUCCUCAUAGGCGAUUGGUACUCUCAGGAUGACCACAAGACUUUGAAGGCACUUUUGGAUAGAGGACGCAAAAUACCUUUGCCUGAUGUGGUUUUGCUCAAUGGCCAUGGACUCACCUUUUCUACUUCUUUCACCGUCCACAAAGGAAAAACGUACAGAUUCAGAAUAUCGAAUGUGGGUCUUCAACACUCCCUGAACUUCGAAAUAUUAGGCCAUAUGUUGAAGCUCGUUGAGGUUGAGGGAACCCACACGGUUCAGUCCAUGUACACAUCAAUAGACAUUCACGUUGGCCAGUCUUACUCUGUCCUGGUCACCAUGGACCAGCCUCCACAAAACUAUUCCAUUGUUAUCUCCACGAGAUUUACCGAAACACAAUACAAUGUCGGAUCCACUCUCCACUACUCCAACUCUAAAGGGUCUACUUUUGUACCUAGUAGACAACCUUCCGAUGAACUAGACUUUUCUAUCAAACAAGCCCGGUCCAUUAAGACAAACUUGACUGCGUCCGGACCAAGGCCUAACCCUCAGGGCUCGUACCAUUACAGUCGAAUCAAGAUUUCUAGGACUUUGAUACUUGAAAGCUCAGCAGAUUUUGUGAAUAAGAAGCAACGGUACGCCAUAAAUGGCAUUUCGUUCGUUCCUGCGGAUACUCCGCUGAAGCUAGCAGACUACUUUAAGAUCAAAGGCGUUUUUAACGUGGGAAGCAUCCCUGACAUGCCCAGCAGAGGAGGUAUGAGGCUGGACACGGCAGUUAUGGGAGCACACCACAAGGCCUUUCUUGAGGUCGUCUUUCAAAACCCCGAGAAUACCGUCCAGAGUUACCACCUCGAUGGUUACAACUUCUGGGUUGUCGGGUGA